AUGAGUGUACUAACACCACCAGACUCAUUCGGGAUAGUAGAACGUGGCCUCUUUAGAUCCAACAUGUUCAACUCUUCGUCAUUCAGCUUUAUAAAACCACUGGGACUGAAAACGUGUUUGGUCCUAUCGACAGACCCUCCAUCUCGAAGCUUAUUGGGAUUCUUUGAAGACUGUGGAACUAAAUUCGUGCAUCUGGGAUCGCAUCCGAACAGCAGGUCCUUGGGCUGGAGACCUGUCAGUGAAGAACUCAUCAAGGACGGGUUGGAACUUAUACUCGACAAGGCAAACUACCCUGUUUUGGUCAUGUGCACUUCUGGGAUACACGAGACUGGUAUCUUUGUUGGCUGUCUGAGGAAGUUACAACGCUGGAAUUUCAACUCUAUCGUUGUGGAGUACCGAAGCUUUGCCGGAAACAAGGCACGAUACGUGAAUGAGCAGUUCAUAGAGCUCUUUGAUCUGGAUUUGGUUACAAUACCUCAGAAUCAACCACUCUGGUUUCUUGAUCAGCAACGAACUAUGGCCGAGGAAGACGAAGAAGCCCUACGAUCAUCCCGCACAUCCAUGUCUUCAACGUCAACCGGUCUUCCUCCUUCAAUGCCCGACAUAUUAUGGAGACGGGCCUCAGCUUCUCGAAUCAGGCUUGGAUCCAACAUGUCGUCAAGGCGAACGUCUAAUUUAGGAGUUCCUAUGUUUCCCAGCUCCAGUAUAAGCCCGAAGAAUGGUUCGCCUAUAAGUAGUGGGCCACCGUCUUCUGGCUUCUUCUGA